AUGCCUGUAACAUGGCUGAAUUGCCAGCUCAUCAGGUCUGAUGAUCUGCCUGUGGACGUUGUACGCAUAGAAUACUCUGAAAUCGAGGCGACGGCUCGACCCACGGUAGAUUUGAACAACCUGAAAGACGAGCUCGUCGAAGACCUCAAGGAACUGGCGAGUGUCGGGCCUGGUGACGGGUCUCUAACAAGAGAGCUCUCACGUUCCAUGGUGGCAGCAUCAGGAUCAGAAUUUGGUGGAAACAAAUCCGCGUUCGUUGGGUCACUGGCCUGCCUCGAACGCCGGAUAAGGGUCUCGGAGGCUCUGGGCGUAAGCGGUGUCAAGCCGGCCAACUUUGCGGCGCAAUGCACAAGCUGGCGCCUACACGAGUCGUCGGGAAUUCGCUCAGUGGUAUCUUUUGAGCUCAAUCGCAAAUACUCAUCUAUGACUUGUUUGUAA